UGCUACCGCUACCGCAGCAGGAGCACCCGCCGGCUCAAGCACUUUGACUGCGAACUAUAAUCCGGAGUCGAGGGAACAAUUCGCUGGGCGCUUAGAAAUUGCACGCGAGUCCUCGGGCGUCUGGCCGGGAAAGACCGCGUGGAAGGCGAACAUGAAGACGGAAGUUUUGCCAACGCUGAUGAAGUACGCAUUGCAAAUAUGUCUGGGUCUGGAAACUUGUAAUGCUAAAAGUGAAUGAGAGUUCCACUCCAAUAUGGAGCCAAGCAUGACAAAGUUUUGGGCUUCUGUGUGUUGCGUGUUCCGCAUGGCAAACUGCGUUUCUGCAUGACAGGUCAGAGGACCGCUUCGUGCCCAUGCAUCGCAGAUUCUUGAGUCAUGUCAGAUAUGCAUGACAAACAAGGCCCGAGCACGGGGACAGAGUCCCCGCGCGGCGACCUUCCGGCAUUUGUCUGCGCGGUGACACUGGGCAGGCAGGUCGCCUGCGGCUAGGUAUCUCGGCGCGCCUUGCAUUCACUGACCCGCGACGGGCCUGCGGACGCGGCUCCCCUGCUUGCGCGCACUAGAUUCAUUAGCCUGCCGGGCGCAAAGAUAAAAGAAAAGAAGAAGCUUGCGCCGGGCCUGGAGCCGGCCCCCAGGUCAUGGCGCGGCGACAGAGCCCCGCCCUGCCCUAGGGCUUUUCUUUGCCCCGCCCUUCCUCGGCCGCGCGGUGUGGUGCCCGGGGAGUGUUCGUAGCUAGCCCCUAGGCCAUGGCGUGGGGACCGGGUCCCCGCGCUGGCCUAGGGCUUUCGCCCCUUGGCCGCACGGUGUCCGGGAAGCGCUACCAGCUGGCCCCUAGGCCAUGACGCGGGGACCGAGUCCCCGCGCUGGCCUAGGGCUUAUCUUCGCCCCGUGCUUAGCCGUGCGGUUUCCGGGAACCUACCGAGUCCCCGCACUGGCCUAGGGCUUUCGCCCCUGCCUUGGCCGCACGUUGUCCGGGAAACGCUCACAGCUUGCCCCUAGGCCAUGGCGUGGGGACCGAGUCCCCGCGCUGGCCUAGGGGCCAGCUGGUAGCGCUUCCCGGACAACGUGCGGCCAAGGGAAGUCAGACGCUCCGUGGCCGCACGGUGUCCGGGAACGAAGCGCUACCAGCUGGCCCCUAGGCCAUGACGCGGGGACCGAGUCCCCGCGCUGGCCUAGGGCUUAUUUUCGCCCCGUGCUUUGCCGCGCGGUUUCCGGGAACCGAGUCCCCGCACUGGCCUAGGGCUUUCGCCCCUGCCUUGGCCGCACAGUGUCCGGGAAACGCUCACAGCUUGCCCCUAGGCCAUGGCGCGGGGACCGGGUCCCCGCGCUGGCCCAGGGCCUUCGCCCCUUGGCCGCACGGUGUCCGGGAAGCGCCUACGGCUGGCCCCUAGGCCAUGACGCGGGGACCGAGUCCCCGCGCUGGCCUAGGGCUUUCGUCCCUUGGCCGCACGGUGUAAGGGAAGCGCCCACAGCUGGCCCCUACGCCAUGACGCGGGGACCGAGUCCCCGCGCUGGCCCAGCCAGGGCUUUCGCCCCUUGGCCGCACGGUGUCCGGGAAGCGCUCAGAGCCGGCCCCUAGGCCAUGGCGCGGGGACCGACUCCCCGCGCUGGCCUAGGGCUUUCGCCCCUUGGCCACACGGUGUCCGGGAAACGCCCACAGCCGGCCCCUAGGCCAUGGCGCGGGGACCGAGUCCCCGCGCUGGCCUAGGGCUUUCGUCCCUUGGCCGCACGGUGUCCGGGCAGCGCUCACAGCUGGCCCCUAGGCCAUGACGCGGGGACCGAGUCCCCGCGCUGGCCUAGGGCUUUCGUCCCUUGGCUGCACGGUGUCCGGGGAGCGCUCAAAGCUGGCCCCUAGGCCAUGACGCGGGGGCCGAGUCCCCGCGCUGGCGGGCCUAGGACUUUCGCCCCUUGGCCGCACGGUGUCCGGGAAACGUUCACAGCCGGCCCCUAGGCCAUGACGCGGGGACCGAGUCCCCGCGCUGGCCUAGGGCUUUCGCCCCUUGGCCACACGGUGUCCGGGAAACACCCACAGCCGGCCCCUAGGCCAUGACGCGGGGACCGAGGCCCCGCGCUGGCCUAGGGCUUUCGUCCCUUGGCCGCACGGUGUCCGGGGGGCGCUCACAGCCGGCCCCUAGGCCAUGACGCGGGGACCGAGGCCCCGCGCUGGCCUAGGGCUUUCGUCCCUUGGCCGCACGGUGUCCGGGGGGCGCUCGCAGCUGGCCCCUACUAGGCCAUGACGCGGGGACCGAGUCCCCGCGCCGGCCCAGGGCUUUCGCCCCUUGGCCGCGCGGUGUCCGGGAAGCGCGCACAGCCGGCCUCUAGGCCAUGACGCGGGGACCGAGUCCCCGCGCUGGCCUAGGGCUUUCGCCCCUUGGCCCCACGGUGUCCGGGAAGCACCCACAGCCGGCCCCUAGGCCAUGACGCGUCCCCGCGCUGGCCUAGGGUUUUCGCCCCUUGGCCGCGCUUUGUCCGGGAAGCACUCCCAGCUGGCCCCUAGGUCAUGGCGCGGGGACAGAGUCCCCGCGCUGACCUAGGGCUUUCGCCCCUUGGCCGCGCGGUGUCCGGGAAGCGCCCCCAGCUGGCCCCUAGGUCAUGACGCGGGGACAGAGUCCCCGCGCUGACCUAGGGCUUUCGCCCCUUGGCCACACGGUCUCGCGUGACAGACUGGACUUGUUUGGGCCAACCCUCACAUGACAAAGUCCAAAAGUUUGGCCGGGGUGUGUCCGAAAGCCUGCCCGGGGUGUGCCCGAAAGUCCGUCCGGGGUGUGUCUGGGGUAUGUUCGGACUUUUUGCCUGGGGUGUGUUCGGGGGUCUGUCUGGGGUAUGUCUGGGGUGUGUCUGGGGUAUGUUUAUACCCCGCCUUCUGCUUUUUCGCCAAAAAUUUGUAUUCAGGUCGUGACUGACUGCCAUUUGCAUACCCCUGACACACCCCCGAACAUACCCCCGAGCAUACCCCUCGCCUGCAUUUUUGACCAGAUGCUGCAGUUUAGAUAGUAAUGUAGCAAUCUUCCAGACCCAGACAUAUUUGCAUUUCAUAUGAAGACGGAAUUCGCCAAGUUUUGGAAGUCCGUUUGGACCAAAGCAGUUCCCCGGGGGGCACUCGGCAUUUGCGCCGACACGGCGCUCAAGUCGGCGCCCACGUCGCUGGGCGCCUUUCCGGUUCUGCCAAACUUUUGCGCGGAUGCAGCGGUGCUGCAGGAGCAAUGUUAUGCGUUUUUCCUGUUCCGUUCCGGGGUGGAAGCAGCACUUAUUACAGUGAAAAGUGUCCCCCACCGCUGAAAUUGCAAAAAUUUGUGAGGCGAAGUUUCCAAAUGAAAACUUUUUGUCAUGCAUGAAAGGAGUAUGAGUCUUUCUGUUUCAGAGUCUAGGCAUGUAUCGCAUCGCUUCCAUGACAAGCGCCGCUCUUGCUGGGGUCUUUUGCAAUACAAAUUUUUUGUAUUCACGGUUGAAAACCUGUGAUGCUGAUAGAUGCAAGAGGGCGAGUGAUUCAUUUGGAAAGGUUUGCAAUACAAAUGCUCCCAAGUUGGCGGGUGGGGGCAUUUUUCAUUGUAAUAGCACUGCGGGCGUAUCUAGAGGGGUUCAGGAGCGAGCACCCCGAGCGGGGCGUGGAGGAGGAGGAUGUGACAGAGAUUAUGGAGCACUGGAAAUCGGAGUACCAGCCGGAGGGCGGCCAUUUUCUUGACGCCCGACAAGGUCGUGAGCAAGGGAAUGUUGACGCGGGUGGUGCUCCUGACAGUUCCGCGUCGUCCACUUCAUCUUCCGGCGAUGGCAAGAGGUUCGCACAGUGCAUUGCAGGACACAUGUAUCCAGAAAAAAAAGUGUGUAAGUGUAACCUUCUUUGAGGAACAGCAUCACAAAAUCGCUCUACAUGACAGAGAAAACCUGUGAUGCGUGGCUUGUAAGGAAAAACACACAUGAAAACAGGGCUUCGUGGCUGUCUUGCAUGACAGGCGUAACUCUGUUGCAUGUUCUGCAACACAAAUUUACACUUACGCAGUUUUUUUCUUGCAUAACAUGCUUUCCGAAAACGAACGGCAGAAGCGGGCGCUGGCGCUCUCCUUACGCAAGCAUCAGCAGCGAGACAUGUUGCAACUGCGGCGGCUUUUCAUACCAAAUGCAAAAAUGUCUGGGUCUGGAAGAUUGCGAGAUUUGUCAUGCUUGUUUGGGAUGACCAAAAAGUUUGUGAUGCGUGUCCAAGAAGAGACCCUUUUGUCUGUCAUGCAAAAACGCAGUUUUCAUGCGAAUAACGCAACACAGCGAAGCGCAGACAUUUCAAUUUCUCAUGCUUGGCUGCGCAUUACAGAGCAUUCACUAUUCCCAACGCGGCAUUACAAGUUUCCAGACCCAGACAUAUUUGCAAUGCAUAUUUCAGCGAGAGCGACGAUUUGUCGCGCGCGACGGAGCUGAAUACGAAUGACCGCAUCACACGACCCCGACAGCCGCCGCCCACAGGGAUGGAGGAGUGCAAGGCGGCGCUUGAAGAAUGCAACCUAUCAAAUGUAAAAAUGUCUCGGUCUGGAAACUUGUGAUGCUGAGUGGCGUAGCAUGAGGAGGCCACAAGUGCUGGCUCAGCAUGACAAAUUUCUGAGCUUGUAGGUGUUGCCUAUUCUGCAUGACAAACCUCGUCUCCGCAUGACAGAGAAAAACGUCUCUUGGGCAAUGUGCAUGACAUUGGUGGUCUACGGGCAGGACGUCCCGGUGGCACGAAAGCCGAUAGUACAAGUAGUAUCUUAUUUCGUUAGCAUAAACAUGUAAACAAAAAAAUAGAAAACGAGAAAAAACAUGUUUGUCAGAGUUAUGAGUUGAAGAAUGAUUUACCUUGCUAUGCACCUCGACAGAUUUAAGAGUCAUGCCAGACAAGCAUGACAAACAUGCAUUCUUCCAGACCCGAACACUUUUACAUUUGAUACGACCUCUGCUGGGUCUAUUUUGCGCGAAAGUGGAUGUGGGACUGCGCGCCAUUUGGGUACGUUUCGUUGCUGGAUCCGUGGCUGAGCGCUCGUGAGCGUUGUAUCAAAAGAAAAAAGCCCCCCUCCCCAUAUCAAAAACGAAAUUUGUGAUGCUGUAUUUGAGUACACAAAUCGAUUUGUAUUGCUAGAAGUAGGCCAAGAGCCGCAGCUGUGGCCUGGUUUGGAGGCAAUUUGUCACGCUGUUUCAUACUUCCAGCUGCCUUCUGUCAUGCUGGACGUGCAAGGCCUUCCCACACCACCCUGCAAUACAGUCCGCAUCUUUUCGCUGCUAGCAUGACAAAGUUGAUUUGUGGUCACAAAUCUGCAUCACAGAUAUGGGGAGGGGGGAUUUUUCUUUUUGAUCCGUUCCCUCGAGCCAGAGGUGUACCACGAACAUUGGAGGCAUAACAGGCCAAUGCUGCGGCAGACCAGCCUCAGCGCAGGAGGAAUCUUUCACAUGCACCUGGACCAGAAGCUAGCAGUGGUGGACCCAUGCGGUUGGCGCCUGGUGGAGCUCAUCAAUGCUGAGACUCUAUGGCGAGAAAAAAUCGCCCCUCCCCAUAAUGAAAAGGCAUCUGUCUGAAAAUUUGUGAUGCAGAUUUUUUGUGGCCACCUUUUACGCCGAGGGAUGCGCUACAUGAUGGAGGUGGCUUGUCAUGCUUACUUCCCUGCAUGGCAGGCGUCUCCUAUGCUCGAAGCAGCUACACCAUUACGCUACCAAACAGGCCGAGAGUUGUCUGGCCGGGGUUCCUUGCAGCAAGACAGACCGCACGCAAAUCCAGCAUCAGAGACUUUGUUUCGAUGUGGGGCGGGGAGAUUUUUCCUGUUGAGAGACGCGCCACCUUCACACCGUUAUCAGCAACAUGGAUGACGAGAUGUACAAAGGAAUGAAAGGGCGAGGCGAGGUCGAGUUUAAAGACGGGCCCGGUUCGUCAUGGAGCUACGACAGUGCAUACCUUUCGACGAAUGUCGACAAUGGUCUGUAACGAACAGUGUUCGUACGCCGAUCCUCACUGGGGGGGGGGGUGUUAAAAGGCAGUGUUGUCGUGCGCGUCCAGGCAAGAUGACGACUAGAAAAUAGAUAGGAGUAUUUAUUUCGGACACGCAACUGAGUGAUGAAUAAAAGUGAUGACAUUGCCGUUGCAGAACGCCGACGCUUCUGCUUCCUUCACCUUGUUGGCUAUUCCUUUUCACACGCGCAUUUAUUUUUACAAAAACCAACUUUACACAUUCUAAAUAUUGAUCUGCAAGAGUUCAUCCCAUCAGUCUUCUAUGUAGCUUGUGAAUUAUAAAGGCAAGAUCAAGAACAAUGAAUCUUGACGGGACCGCGAUGCAUACGGACGUAGUGAAUGAAAAGGGGUUCUUUUUGACACGGGACAGUCUAUGUGUUUAAGGCCUUCAUCAAGUAGCAGGCACGACGACUCAUCAUCCAAAAAUUACUUGAACUUUUUGCCAUAUUCCUGCUUAGAAGUUUGUGCGCAAGCAAUCGAGGAACGACUACAACUACAUGCUUGUGAAAGAAGAUACUAGAAAGUCAGAACAUUCUCCUCACCUGUGUUUGUCCAUAGAGAGACCUUGCUAGAAUGUGGACAGCCGUUUGUCCACACACCAUUAGCUGUAAGGAAUUCAACAUAUUUGUAAAGCAUCCAUCGCGAAGACAAGCGAGACUGAUUACACAUAGGCAAAACGCACAAAUACGAAAACGCAUUGGAGCGACCUUCUUGAUGCUUUUGGAUGUCGUCAUAGAACUUGAGCACAGUAUUGAAAGCCAGCAGCAACAUUGAGAACAGGCCGAAGGAAGUCCUUUUGCGAC